AUGAAGCUCCUAACUAAGGAAGAAGAAGAUGCGCACUAUCGCUCCGUCGUCAAAGGUGGCACCAUCGGCGGUCUCACCGGUCUAGCUGGAGGUGUAGCAGGUGUCCUCCUGGCCUCGCGCCGCUUCCACACAAUCCGCAACCUGACCGUGCCUAUGAAGUCUUUUCUGGUAACGUCAUCGGGUACUUUCGUCGGAAUCAUCGCCGCCGACCACGCCUCCCGCGAUUUCGAAGCCAAGAACAACGCCGAGCGCCAAUGGUACGAUACCCGUGAAGAGCGUCUGCGCGCCGAGGAAAUUCGCGGCCUCAGCUUCACCGAUCGCGCUGCUGCUUUCGCUCGCCGUGAGAAGUAUAAGAUCAUCAGCGCCACCUGGGUUGCCUCCAUGGUUGGCUCGUUCGUGCUCGUCAGUCGUAACCCUGGUCUUACCGGACAGCAGAAGCUUGUUCAGGCUCGUGUCUAUGCCCAGGGUCUGACUCUCGGUGUGCUGUGUGCUUCGGCUGCUUUUGAGAUUUCCGAUCAGCGCCGUGGUCGUGGUAUUCUUGACUCGAAGAAGCAGAAGGGUGCUAAGGUUGAAGAGGUCGAGUCUCCUUCUCACCCGGCUUCAAGUAGCCAAGAUAGUGACCUCUGGAAGGACAUGGUUGCUGCUGAAGAACAACGCUUGAGCAAGAAGCACCAGGAUCUCUAUGAGCACCAUGAGAAGCAGCAGGCCAAGCCUGGUGCUCAGGAGAAGAAGGCUGAGUCCAAGCCCGCCGAGGAAGAGUCAAAGUCCGAUGACAGUGAUGAUGAGAAGAAGGACGCCGAGUCAGAGAAGAAGAACUAA